ACUAAAAGGAGGAACCACAGAGAUGUGCGGUCCUCCAAGAUUACUAGAGGGAAUUUCAGGGAAGGUCUAGGUUGGCCGUUCGAUGUGUUGAAGAACUUCCGGCGCAGCCAUUGUUAUCUUCUAACGUCCGAGAGUUCGGUUUGUGGGGAUCGCUCCUGAGACUUACCUUUCUCCAAGACUGGAAUAAAAGAGGUCAGAUGAUGACAGCAUUGUCUUUAACAGCAAGGCCCCAGGAAUCUUUGACUUUUGAGGACGUGGCUGUGUACUUCACUGAGGAGGAAUGGGCCAGCCUGGUACCUGCUCAGAGGGCCUUGUACAGGGAUGUGAUGCUGGAGAACUAUGGGGCUUUGGCCUUCCUAGCAGCACCAUCUACUACCAAACCAGCUCUGAUCUAUCAGCUGGAACAAGAGAAAGAGCUGUGUUUCUCUGAGUCACAGGAAGCCCUGAGCGGGAGAGCAAGCCUUGCAGGAUACAUGUCAAAAAUAAGAAGAUGUACCUACUUAGCUAAAAUAAUAUCACAUGCAAUAAAAUUAAAAAUUCUGCAAAAUCAUCACUUAUGGGAAGACAGGACAAAGGCUUAAUUCUUUAAUUACCAGUUUUCAAAGUAAGAAGUUGAUGUAAGAGAGCCUUCUUAAAUGAUGUGAAAUGUGUAUUUUGUUUUUCUUUAGACACAUGGAUGUCCACACAUUUAAUGUUUUACAAUUCAUUAAAAUUAUUCAUAUUGGUA